AUGGCUCCCCUUUACAAAACGGCUGCAGCUGUUUGCCUCGUCACACUCUGCGGGCUUCAAACGGAGGCGAGCACUCCAAAACACAAGUUUACGGUCGAGCACGUGGAGGCAGACGCCUACUUAGCUGCCAAUUUGGCCCGUAAUGGAAAGCUCCCAGUUCAUAUCAGUGAAGUCACAAAGGAAGAGUCCCUAGUCUCUGCCCUGGAGGCAAAAGUAUCGGGCGAUGAACCGCCCACUGCGGAGGAUUGCACUGCAUUGAUAACCGACAAACUGAAGGAGGACUUCCAUCACAGCUUUGUGUACGACACCGAGGCAAAGGCCAGUCCUGACUACCGUCAAUUACUGCAGAACGCCCUUGACGAGGGAUUGGCAGUCUUCAAAAACAAAGCAUACCCCCAGACCAAUGACGAGUGGCAAAGUAUAUGGAAGCAAGACGCGGGAGCCAACCUGGCAUAUCUUCUCGGGUCUAACAGCACUACAAUCGGGUGUGUCAUUGGAAGGUGUACACAAGUAACAACUUCAGACAACCCGGUAGAGCUUCAAGUUGGAGACGGAGGUUCAGGAACACAGCAAGAAACUUUAACAAAGGAUGCUGUAUUGUUCUGCCAACUCAAACCUGCAGCGGAAAAGAACUCGGCCCCCUUUGAUGAGGAGUAUUUCAACGGACUUAUAGAGCGAACCACCGAAUUAAAAGAUAUGACAGAAGACGACCUGAAGAAUUCUGUUGGAAAUGGCCCUGCAGCAACGGCCUCUACGAUUCUAAUUGCUGGUUUGGUUGCUAUGCUGACAGCCGUCUCUGCCUAG